AUGCGCGUGCUCGAGGCGAUGCGGGCGCUGGCCAUCGGACUCCGCAGUCGCGCCCGGGACCGACAGAAGCGAGCGCAGGACGGGGGACAUCUAUCCGAUGCGUCCAACACCCACAACAAGGCUGCAAGCAGCGCGAGAGCGGCCGGCAAGCGACGACCGGACGAAUCUGUGCGCAACGCAGUGGCGUUUCUCGCCCAAGAAGAAGCCGAAAGCGCGCUCGUGUUUGCGCUCGUGCACGACCCCGAGUUCCGUCUCGCCUCGGCGCUGGCUACGGUGCCGUCGGGAGCCGACGUAAAUGUGAUUCGAGCGCUGUUGUUUGUGUUUGAAAAGUACGAGGACCAACUGCGAAAGUUGCUGGGCCUGCUCAUGCUUCGGGAGAUGGUGCACACACUGAAUUGGAACGAGCUCUUUCGAGCCAAUUCGGCCACGACCGCUUUGCUGCGGGAAUAUACGUGCGAGCUUGGCGGUGACUUCCUACAGCUUGCACUGGGUGACGUCAUUAACAAACUGUGGACUGAAUCAGAAGAAUACGAAGUGAACCCGCGGUUCUUGCAACCUCAGGACGAUUUACGUGCCAACCAGCAGCGACUCGAAGUGCUGGCGGAGUACACGUUGGACUGUAUCUUUAAUGCUGUCUCGCUCUUUCCGUACCAAAUUGCAAAGAUCUACCGCGUUAUGGAGUUGGAGAUGGUACGGCUUAUUGAACGCGAUCGACGCAGCAACUUGUCACUACCUAGAUUUAGCAUCAAAGGAGGAAGCAGCAGCGGAUUACGAGUUUCAGACGUUGGCAGUUACAACAACAACUAUACGGAGGGCACAUCGGCGGAAAGUGCUGGGUUCCUCGGAGUACUACCACGGCUCAGCUCUAUUGAGGAAAAUCUGUUUGAGGAGGCGCUUGUGCAGUCAAGUGUCUCGAACGGUACAGUUUCAACAGUGACUGCUGCGAAGGAAGAAUUCUACAUGCACUUGGGCGGUUUAGUAUUUCUGCGGUUUCUGUGCCCCGCACUUGUCGUUCCGCAUAAGAUGAAUUUGACGCCGGAAAAUGCUGCGCCGGAUAAGAGGACGCAGCGUGCGCUUGUGCUGCUGGCAAAGUUGAUGCAGUCGCUGGCAAACAACGUUGAGUACAGCCCAUCUAUCGAAUCGUAUAUGGUGCCAUUUAAUUCUCUCCUUGUACGCAAUCGGCCCAAGCUCACGCAUUUCUAUGAUCAGCUGUGUCUACAAGCGCAAAAUGAUCCUCGCCGAGAGAGUCUUGUUGCGCGCAGCAACGUCGCCCCGCGGUUGUCGCAGAUUUGGGCAAGUCGGAGUAGCAGUAGUUUGGGCAAAGACCCGUCAAUUGUUAAUCUUACGGGAGCGUGCAUUAUGGAGGCGCCCGAGGCUUCCUGUGCUGUUUUGCGCAACUGGAUGAGCUCGCACUUGGAUUACCUGGCGUUGGAGGUCGCUGACAACAAUACAUUUCGACGACAGCAUCAGAUUGUCGUGAGCAACAGAAGCAGCGGUAGCAGCUGCACUAGUUGCACGGGCAUUACUUCGCCAGCGAAGUCAACUCCCGCAAUAAUAACGUCGCCUGUGAAGCCUCGACAUCGCUUUAAGAGGAUGCUUAAGACGUCGAAAACUGCGGCAUAUCCGACUGAGAUCCAAGAGGACGAAGACGGUGGAAGUUCGAGCGAGAUUUUAAGUGUCCCACAGCGACGAAAUCAUGCAAUGCCUGUGUCAAUGGGCGAGCUGGAUAAAAUUAUGGGCUACGCAAGUCAUCGCGACAAUCAGUUGAUGAAGGUGUACUAUGCAAAGCUCUCGCAAAAUGGUCUGCAGCGGCUGCUUCAUGCAAAUGAUGUUGAUUUUGCAGAGUGGACAGCGUACAGGAGCCGUAAUGAUGUUGAGGUGUUACGCAAAACACCUGCUCAUUUCUUGUGUCCAUCUGGGAGAUUUGCGUCCGAAAGAAAUCGUCUUGUGGAGAUGAAAGGAAGUGUUAUUAUUGCUUCGACGCCUAGAAACGUGUUUCAGUAUCUACAAUCGCUUGAUGGCGGAAGUACAGAUAAUGACAACAAGGCAAAGGUUUCGAGGGUGGAGCCUCUGGAUGACUCGAAGGUGGUACUUUACCAUCAGCACUCGAAAUUGUCGCUAUGGCCAGCAUGGCUUGUGAAGCCACGUGACUCUUGCGACCUUCACAGUUUUGUAGAGCGAACAGGAAAGCCGGAUACAUACGCCGUGCUGCAGGAAUCAGUUCCUCGUGCAGAUGUACCUGUGCGCAAGGGGGUUGUGCGUAUGGCGUUUGCAACUGGUGGUUACUUAAUUGAACCUUUUGUAGGAGACGAGGAAGACAUGGGCUUUCAAAUGCACGGCGCGUCUUUAACAAGACUUACAUGCGUCGUACGGGCAGACUUUAAGGGACUGAUGCCGCGGUACUUGGCAGAGAGUAUCGUUUAUGGGCGAAUAUUGGAGAUUGAGGCUAUUCGCUCAAUAGUGGAGUCAAUGCGUCCCGGUACAAAUGCUGAGUGGGUGUAA